AGCGGAGCUAAUAGCGAAGCGUCAACGGCAACCGCUUUAGAUUACCUAGCGUUACGCCGCGACACACGCAUUUAGCCCGAGCACCAGAUUUGAUUGGUUUCGUUCGGCGCACACCCGGUUUGUGUGGCGUUGCUGUGGAUCGAACAGGCAUUGCUAGCGCCGCAAUCAACAACGCUUUAGUUUGAGUUUGAGUGUCGUGCAGUGCCUGUUGGAAUUAGCCAACAACGGAAAAUUGGAGGCGUGCAAAAAAUUUAUGCACAUAUGCACAUAUGCAUAAAUUUUUUAAUUUUUUUUUAACGUAAUUCCAGUAAAAUCAUACAUAUAUGUACAUGCAUACAUACCAUAAUUGUGAAAUUGCACGAUCAUUAGAAUGAAGCAGCGUCGCGGCGUCUCAUCUUUAUAAAAUACAUAAAUUAAUGUCUAAAGCAAUUUACCCGAUUAUGAAUGCAAAUUAAUUUGACGUGUUUGAAAGUGUAUAAAAAUUACAAAGCAAUCAAAAUUGGUUUCAGUUAAAAAGUCAUUGAUCAGCAAGGUUUACGAAAAACAUGCAUACUGUAUGAAAGCAAUUAUUUUGGCAUAAAAAAGUGAAUGUUAUUGAUUUCACGGGGAGGAAAAAAAUUCAACGAAAUAAAAAAAUAAAAAUAAAUUUAAAUAUGUCAACGGCUUGCCAAUUUAAAUUUUCGCGUACUACCCCAAUCUACUAUAGUGGUGAGCAAAUAACUGGCAGCAUAAUAUUGAGCACUACAAAACAGCUGCCAGUUGAAGCAAUACAACUCUCAUUGGUUGGAACUGAGCGCGUACAAUGGCUAGAGAAGAGUAGAGGCGCAUCCCUUUUGCAUGACGACAUCAUUGAGAAGGAUAACAAGGAGCUCUAUAGUGGCAAGCAGGAACAUUUAUGUGAGUCAUAUACGCUUGUGAAGUGCAUGCGAUUGCAAGCGGGUGAGGUGCGUGUGGAAGAAUUUUGCUUUACUUUGCCACACGAUGCGCCAGCAAGCUGUGAAAUGUCGCAUGGCGAAGUUGCUUACUGCGUGCGAUUGGUGUUGCAGCGGAAAUCGGUUUUCAACAAAGUAUUCACAGCGCGUAUAGUUGUCAAAAAUCGUUUGGACUUGAGUGAUGCAGCGGAGUUAGUUGAGCCUCAAAAACUAACCAUUACCAGUGCGCCGUCGAACGUUCAUGAGCCGCUCCACUUCAGCCUACCCACUGGCACUGGCUAUGUGCCGGGACAAGCUAUCUCCUACACGUUACAUGGUCGACACAUAUUUGCAUCAUGCACAAAACUGAGUGUGAAUUUAUAUGAAGCAAGUAGUUUUCGUGCAACCAGUCCCCAGAAGAAAACAAAAGAGUUUCUCAAAUUGCUAAAAAGUGAUGCUCACAAAAUAUGUUCCUCAUAUGUGAUGGUGUGCGGUCGACUAAAUAUACCGCUAAUGGUGCACAUUUCAUUGAGGAGUAAUGAAAAUAGUCUCAUACAAAUAAGUCAUUAUGUGGAAGCUGUGCUGAUUAAUAAGAAACGUAUUUUACAUAAGUUUUUUAUACCGAUUGUGAUUGGUACAGUGCCGCCUAAAAGAAAGCAACUAAUAGCGGUGGAAAAGAACGUGGAGGAGGUGGAAAAUUUUUACUGUUACGAUAAUUUGGCAACUGAUGCAGUUUGUGAUAGAUCAACAGAAAAUAGCUACUUUAUAACUGAUUGCCAUACAUUCCUGCCAAAAUUAUCCUCUGCUCUGCUAUGCGAUACUUGGGCAACACCGGAAACUAUGUUGCAGCAACAUCUUGCUACGAGCUGUAGCUAGUUGGCGCAUUGCGAAGCAGUCGCUUGUGAUAGUUUGCAACCGCUGUCAAUACAAAACUUAUGUUUUACGUAAGGUGCAGAUAGCUUUGGCACCAAAUUAACUGAAGCAAAAAAAAGGAUAUAUACUAUAAUAUGUAGAUGCAUUUAGUAUACACUCUUCUUUCUAAUUAUUAUUAUUAACAGAUAGUAUUAUUACAAUAAAAAAUAUCUAACAA